CGUGUGAUAAGUUCUGUUAAAGCUAAGAAUGGCUCUAGUCAUUCGCCUACAGGGGCUUCCCGAUAUUGCUAACUCGGCUGAUAUUCGGCAUUUCUUUACCGGAUUGAAUAUUCCUGAAGGUGGUGUUCGAAUUAUUGGUGGAAAACUUGGUGAAGCUUUCAUUAAAUUUGCAGAAGAUGAAGAUGGUCGACGAGCCAUUAACCGUACAGGAGGAGUAAUUAAGAACUCAAAUGUUCAACUUUUUCUCAGCAGCAAGGCAGAAAUGCAACAUACUAUUGAAAUGAGCUUCAAAGAAGAGAAAAAUUGUAAACCAGAGUCAAGAUCUUCAGCUUCUGCAGAGGUUUCCAAACGCCCAUUCUUUGCUCAUAAAGAGAUUUCUGAAAGGUUUGGUGAUACUAAAGCAGCGUUUGCCAGUGGAGCAGCAUCUGCUAAUACUCCAGCAUCCAUAGACAAUUUUCAAAGAAAUAAAGGAUCUCAGUCAUUCAGCAAUGUAGAAACCCCUUAUUUGUUUUUGUUUGGCCUUCCGUAUAAGGUAACUUAUGAUGAGGUUAAAUCAUUUUUUCAUGGUCUUCUUGUGGAUGAUAUUAUUUUUUUAAAGCGCCCAAAUGGUCUACGAAAUGGAAAUGGUUUUGUUAAAUUUGGGAGUGGGAAAGAUGCUAAUGCAGGAUUGCUGCGCAAUAAUGAGUACAUUCAUGAAAGAUUUAUUUCAAUAAGGAAGAGUUCUGAAGACGAAUGGGUCAAGGCUGGUGGUCAAAUUGAGAAAGUGUCUCAAAAUAAACAAAGAGCUAGAUCCCGAUCACCACUCAAGGCUGGUGGUCAAAUUGAGAAAGUGUCUCAAAAUAAACAAAGAGCUAGAUCCGGAUCACCAUUCAGGCAAGAGUUUUUCAUACAUCUAUAAAACUUAUCCUUUGGUGUGGAAAAAGAGGAUAUUAAAAAAUUUGUGUGUGAUCGUGAUAUGUCAGAUUCACAGGUAAAAUUCCUACUGGAUAAGAAUGGGCACAGAACAAGAGAAUGUUUUCUUGUUGUUCAAAAUGAGAGGCAGUUUCAAAAGUGCCUUGACUUGAACAAACAAAAUUUAUGUAGCCGUACAGUUUUCAUAUCCCCUAUUGAUAAAAAAUCAAUGGUAGAGCUUAUUGAAUCCAAUAUAAAACCAACACUACCCAAAAUGCGAUCGCAUGAGGACAAUGUUUCUAAAUUGAUUACUCCAGAAUCCCGUUUUAGUUUAAGAAGAUGUAUAUAUUUAAGAAACUUUAAUUUCGAUGUGAGUAAAAAUGAUAUUCAGAAGUUCUUUGAUGGAUUUUCUGUAAAAGUUGAGGAAAUCAUCUUGCUCUAUGAUCAAAGAGGAUUAGGCCUGGGAGAAGCCCUGGUUACAUUUCCUUCAGAAAUACAAGCUAUAACUGCUGAAAGGUUACACCGUCAGUGUUUCUUGGGAACAGAAAUCCUGUUGCAACGCAUCUCAGAGGCAGAGAAAAAAUAA